AUCUCGGAGAAUUUUCAGUGGAGAGACGGAUUUUAGCGGUCAUCGAGUGUGGCACGGCUACGCUGGCUCGAUUUUGAGUUGUCUUUCGCGCGUUCAAGAAUAGAAUACGAGUGGUGUUUGGAGUUAUCCUCGUCUUUUGUUAUUGUUUAUCGAAGUUCGAUUGUUUACUAUCAUUUGAAACGCGAGUACUGUUGAAGAAGAACUAGGUAAAGUUUAGAAAGACUUAAAAAGUGUUUUUUGUUGAUGUGCACGUCUGUUCUUCUGGAUUUUAAUACUAGGAAGUAAUGUGAUGCUAGUUGGAGAAAAAUAUCUGAUUCGGCAUGUGGUUCAACAUGCUUCCAAUGGCGGCGCUAGUGGCAGUCGUUUCCUCGGGGAUUCCCUGCGAAGAGGCCAGGUUGAAGUGCGCCUAUAGAGAGGGUUGUGGAAAAGCCCUACAGAAGUACCUGAUCGGUUGUUCCACAGUGCUGCAAGGCCCUAGACCGAGCUACUGUCCAGAAAUCUGUCAGCUGUCACUUAUAGCUCUGGUGUCGACCGAAGAAGGCAAGGCUUUGAUGGAAUGUGAUUGCAGUGAUGAGUACUGCGAGGACCAAAAAAGACGCCCUGAAAUCUGUCGCCCAGAAGUCUCAAGGCUCAUGGAAGAACCCAUAGUCUCCUGCAGAGUGGCUCAAUGGAUCUGCAACGCCGAUGCUCAAUGCUCCACAGCGUUCGACUACUACAGACGCCUUUGCAAGGCAAUGUUCCACGGCAAAAAAUGCACGCGCAAGUGCCUGAACUCCAUAAACAUUCUGCGCAGACAGGACAAAGCUCAGAAACUGAAAUCCUGCAAAUGUGACGGAUCAGAAGACUAUAACUGCCUGGAUAUUCAAAGAAACAUGAAUAAACUGUGCUUCCACAGCUCCCAUCAUCACUAUAAUGUGACAGAGACUCAUUCAGAAAAUGAGGUGGUUAAAGUUAUGGUGACUUCGAACUCUAGCGUGAAUAGUGUUAGUGUUUCAGUGUUCUUUAUGGUUUUGGUGUGGUUUUUGCUGUUGUGGACUAGGUAGAAACACUUCCUGAACUGUCUUUGAACAGAAAAGUACGAAUUUAUUGUAAAAUUUGAAUGGAAGGGUUUGGAUUUAUAGUACAAACGAUUUUACGCACUUCAGAAGUGGGAUUUGCCAUGAUUUUCCUUUGACAGAUGAGAAAAUUUCGAAGAUUUCUAGAAGAUUUUUAUAUUUUUCAAGAAAUAAUAUGAAGAAAAAAACGGUGUCAGAGUAGGUUUAGAAAUAUCAAUCAUAUAUUUGUUGAAUUUCUUGAAAAUCGCAUCUAACUAUGUUAGAAGCUACAUAUUUCUGAGACAGAUACAGUUAAAUUCAGAAUUUAAUGUCAAGAUUACGUCAAAUGUGAGCAUCAAUCAAUAUAAGCAAGUUAUUUUCUUCAUGUCAUUUGUUUAAAAUGCAUAGAUAUACAUAGAUUGACAAUACUUUUUAAGACUUUUAUAUAGAAUAUAAUUUUCAGAGAUACAGCGUCCAUAUUUAAAAUCACAUUUUGUUUACAGACAGUGUUUCAUCUAAAAUUUCAGUAAAAAGUAAAAUUAUCUGGUUUUAGCUCAUUUUUUAUUAUUCUUUUUUUUUUUCUUUUAUCUUGAUUAUCUUUGAUUUCAAAUAAUAAUAAUAAUAUUGCUGUAUCUCGCAUUUAGUAUUAAGAGCUCUAUAUACAACAAAAACUUAUAAUUUUACAUAUUUUUGAUGAUAGAAUACCACAUAUUUUUUGAUGAUUUCCGCUCAUAUUUGUUUCUAUAGAGUUCUUAAAGAUUUCUACCUCAUCUGUAUUGCAGUAUUCUGUUUUUUUUUUCUUUAACUGUGAUAUUAAUUUUAAAAAAAAAAUCUUAUAGAAAGAAUAAAUAGUUAUUAAUUUUUGGUAUGAUAGUGUGAGUUUGUAAAUUCUACCUGUAAGAGUGUGAAAAUAUUGUAUAGUUAAUUAAUAUUUUUAUAGAACAAACUACUCUGUAUUAAUUUUUUAUAAUUGUAAUAUUAUACGAAGAAAAACAUACAAGAUCAUCAAACAAGUAUUAUGUCUCUAUGUUCGGUGUAGGAUAUAGUUCCUAAUAUUUACUUAUUAAAAUACUUAAAAAUACUUUUACACUUCAUAUGUUGUUACGCUACUGUGUUUUGUAUUUACUUAAACUGUUAUUUAAUUUAAACCGAUAAGAACACCAGUUCACUGUACUUAUUUAAAUACAUAAUACAAUUAUAUUUAUUCAGUAUAAGAUAAAAAAAAUUGCACACAGUAGCUGUAUUUAAUUAAAAUAAUUGUAUUUUUUUUUUCAAAAAAAAAAAUAAAUCUGGAGAUAUAAGACUUCAUCCAAAAGUGUCUUAGUAUUGCCUUAAAAAAUAAAUUUUGUUUAUUUGCCAAUAUAUUUAUGUAAAAUAAUUUAAAAAUGAACCAAAGAAGGGCUUGCGUGAAGUGUAUAUAGCUUUAAAUUAUUGCAAAAAAUUGUUUAUAUACAGUCAAGCAUUUUUCUUCUUUGUAAAUUAAUUUAUUCGCCCACCCUGUGUAUAUUAUAUAUAAAAUUCUCCGAAAUUGUUGAUUCUUUUUAAUAUUCAUUAUAAAAUUAGAUUGAUUUUAAAGAAUUUUACCAUUUUUUUUGAGGAUAAAAAAAUAUGUACUUUUGUAAAUUUUGUAGAAAUUAGAGAAACAUUUGUAAAAAUAUUUUUUUGGUUCAUUUCAAAGUAUUUCUUUUCGUUUAGGUUUGGUAGUGUUGAAUUGUUUAUUGAUAGAGAUUGAUUUUUUAUAUUUUUUA